AUGGGCAGAGCCUCAAAGUGUCAUACCGUCGAAGAGCAACGGCUGCGAAGAAAGGCCACCUCAAAGGCAUACUCAGUAGCUCAUAAGCCCCAGAUUUCUGAGCGCAAACGAAGGGCAUACCAGAACUCACGCAGCCGGAAAGGCACACCUUACAUCAACAAGCAAACCGCUGUACAAUCUCUACCGACUAUGCUUAUUGCAUUGGCGUCUCAGCCUCUACCUACGACACAGCUCUUCUUGGAGGCCUCUCAGAGUGCCGACAACUUAGACGAGAGCGAGAUCGCGGCAUUCAAUUGCGACCCGCCAUAUGUGGCCACCAUAUUGCCUUGCAAUGAGGCAUAUAUUGCGAAAAUGGUGGAUGUCAUGAGCGGGCGCUGCGCCAGACAUGAAAGAGAUAUGGUUGUGGAAAUGGAGUCCAUGUCUAGUCAAACGGUUGAAAGGGCGUUGAUUGACGAGUUGGGCCAAUGGGAAGAUCUUGCCACAUUUCUGCAAACCUAUGAGGCCGAUCCCUGCCAUGUUGCAAUGGCCCGCAAUAGAUUGUGGUGGCGUGCGCGUAAUGUCAAGCACCUCUUUGAUGAAGCUCUGAAGUCUCGUGCAAGGCAAUCUAGACAAUGA